AUGCAAGAUAACACCUUACCAUUAUCAUCGUCCGGUGGUAUGACCCCGAAAACAACGGUGUCUACUACCACUACCCCAAUAAAUAUACCUAAUCCACAACAACAUGAGAAUGACACCAAUAGGGUCAAACAACGGAAUUCGGCGUCUCUGGUAUCGUCAGACGUCGGCGAUACCACUCUUCAUUCUUUUACAGAGGAUCAGACAAAUAUAAUAUCUGAUAAAAUUAUUAAUUCAUAUCAGAGUACGUCCUCUAUUCCUAAUGAUCCGACAGCGGACAACAACAAUAAAUUCUCUUCGUCAUUCAAUAGCAACGAUAAUAAUGUCAUAUCGCCUCAACUUCCAACGAAGGAAUCGGCGGCAAGUAAUAAUACAUCUUCUGUAUUGCCGAAAGAAUCUUCGUAUCGACAAACAACCCCAAUUACUUCGAAUAGUGAAAUUGUACGACCCACUUUGAACCAAAAUGAAUAUAUUGAUAUAUUUGGAAAUGAUAGAACAAAGAGAAAUGAUACAUAUUGGGAAGAUAAUAAAGAACAAGAUGCCAACAUAAGUAGAACGGAACCAUCGCCACAAUUAAGUAACUCCAAGGACACUACCCCAUCUAAUCAAAUGGACACCAUAGAUUCAGAAACUAACAUGGCUAAUAAAACAACAGAGGAUGAUAAUGAAUCUAUUAACAUUGCAGAGUUCCCAACUAACAAAUUAUUGGAAAUGUUAACAGCAUUAUUGGAUAAAAUUGUUAAAUCAAAUGAUAAAUUGAACGUUUCCUCCUCCAACAGUGAAUCCAUUGAUGACAUACUACGUUCAGAGGAUAAUAGCAACAAUGCAUAUGUCGGAUCUAUUUUAGCAUUUAGAGGUAAACAUGUCCCACAAAUUUCAUUACAUCAAUAUUUCCAAAGAAUUCAAAAAUACUGCCCCACCACAAAUGAUGUUUUCUUAUCUUUACUAGUGUAUUUUGACAGAAUAUCUAAACGAUGCAAUAAUAGCGUAACUUCCCAAGGUGAUUCUCCUACUAACAAAUCACAACUUUUUGUUAUGGAUUCGUAUAAUAUUCAUCGUUUGAUCAUUGCCGGUGUGACAGUAUGCACAAAAUUUUUCAGUGAUUUUUUCUAUAGUAAUUCAAGAUAUGCGAGAGUAGGUGGUGUUUCACUUCAAGAACUAAACCAUUUGGAACUUCAAUUUCUUGUAUUAUGUGAUUUCGAAUUGAUGAUUCCAACAGAAGAAUUACAAAGAUAUGCAGAUCUACUGUCUAGGUUCUGGAGUACUCAACCACUCCCAGAGGAAGAAGAUACGAAGGUCCUGCAAGAUUCUGGAUCAAAUGACACCACCAUCAACAAUAACAAAAGCUGA